AUGCCUCUUCGCGCGCGAGUGCGUGCCUUUCUUACGCGUCGUAUUCUUACCCGCAGUCACCCACGUAGUCACUUCCUUGUCCACACGCCCCUUCCCCCCUUGCACGUCCCGGUUCCACCCACACCGCCGCCUAACCUCUACCUUUUUCUUGUGGCGCUUAGCUGCCGCCCUGUCUGGCAGGCUUUUCUCCGUCCAGCCCCUUCUCUCCCUGCCCCCAGGUCCUUCGUGCAUUGUCCUUUGUCAUCCCUGUCCCACUCCGUACCACCUCCCCCUCGCCCAGCUUCUCCCUAUCACCACCCACAUGUUCCCCCACUUCCCUGCCCACAACGUACCUCCUCCACUCCCCCCCCUGCCUUCCCCACUUCCACUCUGCCCUCCACACCACUACGAGCCGUACUCCCCUCUCCAGCCUCCCUUUCCCCCCCACCUCCUCCCAUAUCCAGCUGGGCUGCACCUCUGCAUCCCGUCCUGCCAGGCCCUUCGGUGACCCACCUGCCGCCACCUGGCAGCACACCGCCCUUCCCACCCACAGCCAAGCUCUACACCCCCUGCCCCUGCUCCCUGUGCUGUCCAGCCCCCUUUUCCAACCUCCCUCUGCCUUUCCUUGGCACCAGACCACCUUUCUUUCCCCCAGCCAACCUCUACACCCCCUGUUACUGCCCCUUGUGCCUUCCAACCCCCUUCCCAAACCCCCCCCAGUCUCCCCCUUCUCCAGUACCCUCCAUAUUUCCUCCCCCCGUGGGGCUUGCCUCUCUGCUAUUAUCGCUCUUUGCAGGGGAGCACAUAGGAGUGGGAGAGGGCAGAGCCUGGGAAAAACUUGCAACAGACGCUGCACGGGAAGGGGUAAGUGAGGUUGUGGGGGAAGGGGCAGCAGAGGCUGCAGAGGAAAGGGCAGUAGAGGCGGCACGGAAAGGGGCAGCAGAGGCUGCAUGGGAAGGGGCAGCCAAGGUCGCAAAGGAAGGGACAGCAAAGGCCACACAGGAAGGAGCAGCGGAGGCUGCAAUUGAAGGACAAGCAGAGGCUGGAGGGGAAGGGGCAGCAAAGGCGGCAAAGGAAGGGCCAGCAGCCGACAUGGAAAGGGGCAGCGGAGGCUGCAGAGGAAAAACAAGCAGAGGUUGCAGGGCAGAGGCUGCAGAGGAAGGGGCAGUAGGUGCUGCAAGGGAUGGAGCAGCAAAGGCUGCCGAAGACAGCAAAGGAGUCACUGCAGGUAACGGGGCAGCGAAGGUCGUCAUGGGUGCGGCAGAGGCCGCACCAGGGGCAGCAGAGGCAGCGGUUGGGAUGGCAGUAGCAAGUUGUAGGGCAGCGAAGCCUACAGCGCGAGUCUCUACCCCAGGGAGGGUUUCUACGGUAAGAAAGGCUUCAGAGGUGAGGGCAGCAGAGGGGAGUGUAGCAGGAGGAAGUGCAAUGGGAGGUACAGCAAGGGAAGGGGAUGAAGGGGCUGCAGAGCAUGGGGGUGAAUCAAAGGUGGGUGCAAGAGAAAGUGCAGCCCCGGCAGCAGCAGGAGAGAGCGCAGCAGGGGCUGCAACGAGGGAGGGGACAAUUGAGGCUGCUUCGGCAGCGGUGGGGAAAAAAGCUAGGGCAGAAGACGCCUUCAUGGAAGUGAAAAGUGCUGCAGGAGGUGCUGUCAGUGACGAGCCAGCAGGGAAAGCAGGCGCAAGGGAGAGUUGGGCAGCAAGAACAGGGGAGGUAGGAUUCUUAAGGGGGGCCGGUGAUACAGAACAGGAGGCACACGAGAAUUUGAUGCACAUUGACGGCCCGCUGGUCGUCUACCUCACACUUGCCUCUGAGGCAAACCCACCCCCCCCCGCAAUGGCGAGAACCUCCCUCCCCCCCCCAUACCCAAUCCCUCCCUGGCAGGGCAGCACACUCAUGCCCCCACUCCUAGGGGUUCCUCCGAGCACCAAGAGGAGCAGCCAGGGCGCUGGCAUUCCUGGCGGAGCCAUGCUCCCCGACACCUCUCAAUCAUCUCCUGCCAAUCUCCUACCUCCUGCCCCACCAGGGACAACGAAAACCAAGCUGGCCAACGGCGGAGGAACAGAGGCAAAGGAGGCAAAGGGUCCUAUACCUACAGGCCAACAACCUAACUCACACUUCCCUCCCGUGUCUGCCCCUCCACAGGACCGCGGGAACAAUUCCGCCCACUCCCUUUCAGGCCACCUCUCCCUUCUGAACCCACCCCAGGUGGCGGCAACUGCGUACGCUGCCGGUAUGGGGGCCGACGGGAUGAGGGACGAGCCCAUGGCGACACCACCGACACCCAUUCGUGUCGACGCCAAGUGGGGCAAGGGCCAAGGGGGCUCUCUGGCGCAGGGACCACACCCGAGCUCCGCUCAGCCAGUACGCCCCAUCCCACCCUCUACCCUGCCACUCCUCUUACCCUCACCAGCAGGCAGGCUGGUUGCCGGGACCCCACAGGAGCCCAGCUCGUCACUCCCAUCCCCGAUGGAGACGGACCUGGUUCUGAGGCCAUGCCACUCGCACCCAGAUGUGGUGGCGCCUCCCUCCAUUCAGCCUGUUGCCUACACACUUUCCGUGACGCAGGAGGGCACCAGCAUCAGGUAUGAGGCACCCGCCGCUGCCGAUGCCCCUCCGUCUAGGGUAGCAGAGCCGCCAGUCGGACCCCACCUCGCCGAUGGAGAGGGGCACACCACAGCAUGCACUUCAGACGCACCUCUACAUCCCCCCUUCCUGGCCCCUGGCCCGGUACUGCCACGAGGCCCGGCCCCGUCACCUAACCCCCCACUAUUACCAGUGCCACUAGCCCCACCUGUGGAUGCUCCCCACAGCCGUGGAGCACCUGUUUCUACUCCCGUCAUGGACGUCCCCCCACAGGUCCCUCCGGACGACGACCUCCCUUCCACGGCUAGCUCCGAUGACAUCACCCCGAACGACCCCGCUGAUACGAUCACGUCACCUGAGCAUCCCGUCAGAUGUCCUACCCGCCGGUGCACUCUCGAGAGCACUCGAGCACUCGGGCACCAUACGCCCUUCUGCCACCCGGCCGAUGCAGCUUGCUGGGCACAGGCCGUGCAUGACACUACCUCGAUUCUUCCUUCUCUCUCACUGCCCCGUGCGACCGGGAUACAGUUAACUGACGCACAGUGGCAGACGCUCGACUCGAUGGACUGGACGGGGUACUUUUCGCCUGAGCGUAUCCAUGCACGCCCUCUCCGGCGUGUCCCGGAGAAAAUUCGUGGAGGAUAUCUCGACGUCCUCAGUGCGAUCUUAGCCCACAUUGCCCAGGACCCGGAGGCUGCUCGCCCUACCUUCCUCCUCGCUGCAGCGUCGACCCUUUUCCUCGCUCCAGCAACGCCACCCGACCGCUCGCACACGGCUGCCAUUACUACGCGCAUCGCCCAUUUUGGCCAAGAGCUUCGCUUCAGGAGCGAGCUGCUUUCUGGAGGCGCAUGCUUUGGAGGUCGUGCGUGCCCGUCACACCUCUCCCUUGCACCUUGCCCAUUUGACUUCCCUUCAGGGCGGAGGUGCAGGAGCGUCGUUUCAGUAGGUGCCUUAGCCCUUGCUGGUCAGUGCUCGAGUGGACAGGCGGUCGACGACAUGACGGUGCCUCAUAACGCGCCUCUCCCCUCCCUGCCUCUCCCUCAUCCCCGCCCUGCCCCUCGUUUUCCGCCCCCCCACGCCCGGUUUCUCCCCUCCCUGCACCUUUCUAUCUUUCUCCGUGCCUCUGCUUUGUUCCCCCUGCCCCUGGCCGCCCAUGUUUCUUCCAUCCCUGAGCUUACCUUGUACCCUCUCUGCCCCUUCUUUGUUUUCCCUACACCCAUCGCUUUUCCCUUCGCUGUCCUUCGCGCGGGCAAGCCUCCCCUGGAGCCCCCCACCCCCCUGUGUGUCCGACUGGUCCCUGCUGCUGCGCUGGCUGCUGCCGUGUCUGCCCGGGCCCGAAUAACGUGGCUCCCGGAGCUUGCGGCCUCUGCUGGCUCUCCUGCUGCUGCCUCUGCUGUCCCCCCUUUCCGCCGUGGCCGGUCUGCUCCCCCUGCCGUCCCCUCUGCCCACCCGCCCCUUGCGCCACCCAACCACGCAGCUGAUGCUGUCCCUACUGCCCCCCGCCGCCAGGCUGUCCCGCCUCGCCCCUUUGCUCCAACGGCCCACCAGCUCGCGUCCUCUCUCCCACUACCAGCUGUCCCUGCAGUCUCGCCCGAGCUGCCUCCAGCUGUGUAA